UCUCUAAAAUAAUCAGUUUUUGUAUAAACAUAGACCUCUAGUGCCUCUAGGUCCUUUAUAAUCAAGAAUAAUAUAAAAACGUCUUUUGCAGUUAAAGUUAUAAUGGUGAAUUAUUGCUGCGUACAAGGAUGUGGUCGUAACAGCAAACAAAACAAACAUUUGAACUAUUAUAGUUUGCCGAAAGAAAAACGACGGCAAGUGCAAUGGCUCCAAGCGGCGGGGCGCACGGACCUGCUAGAAAAGGACAAGGUGCUGGUUUCACACCGGUUCUGCUCGCGACACUUCCCUCCCUCAUCUAUAAAAAACAAACAUCUUUGUGACACUGCUGUGCCCUCGCUCUGCCUACCUGGGACUACUAAAAAUAUGAAUGAUAGCGAGGUCCACGAUCACAAAGGCAUUGUGUGUGAUAGCUGCGGGCUGGCCGUCUCCGGGUUCCGGUACAAGUGCGUCUCCUGCGCGGACUAUGACCUGUGCCAGAAAUGCGAGAUGAGGGAGACGCAUCCCGAUCAUUAUAUGCUGAGGAUGCCCAAGCCUUUGAAACAUAAAUUGGCGGACGAUCUGAUCGGCAAGUGGCGUCAGUUCUUCUCAGCGAAGCACGCUACGCCAGAGUCGGACAGCGACGAUGAGCCCAUCACCAAAUACAGGAAUCACAGCAGCGUCGACCUAUCUGAAGAAGUGAAGCGCGCGAUUCGAGCCGAAGUGGCGCGAGUGUCAAAACUGCCAGAACCAGAGGAUCCCCAGCUUAAGAGGAAAACGGCCACCGAGCGGCGCCCGAUUAAGAGGAUACGGAUGGACGGCACGAUAGGGUAUGAUGACGAGGAUAGGAGCGUCCCGGAGGUGGCGUUCGCCGACGUCAACGAGGAUAAUCAGCUCCUGGAAGUCAAGCACGAAGUCACUGUAGAAGAAUGGAAGAAGAUGGUGCAUGUCAAAAUAAGUGACGACCUGACGGAGCUCAUGAUAGAAGUACCUCAACAAAAUGCGGGGCACAUGAGUUAUACAAAUACAGGGUGAAUUUUUUUAAUGUGUUAAUACUAGAGCCGGACCGGAGAAACCGGAUAUUCGGCCUGACCGUCUGCAGAAUAUCCGGAUCCGGCCGCCGGAUAUUCGGCCAGCGAAACUAUACCUACAUUUCGGUUUUUCAGGUGCGCAUUCUGCAGGUUUGACCUGUUUCCUUGUGAACGUUCGUGCGCACUCAUUUCUAGGUUCGAAAUGAGUGCGCGUGCAAGUCAAUGGAAUUAUUAAAUUGUUUUAAAAUAAUAAACAAGUACGAUUAUGACCGUAUCUGUUUCUUAAAUCCAAUUUGUUUACUCCGAAAUCAAGCAAUGUUACUAUGCGGUAUCCGGCCGGAUAGUAAGUCACUAUCCGGUAUCCGGCCGGAUAGGCCGGAUACCGUUUAGUAACCGGAUAUCCGGUGCAUCUCUAGUUAAUACAAACUCACGGUGAAAUUUUAACCACCAGCCUUUUUCAUACAUUCCGGCUUCCGGCUGCGGCUGAUGUGAUGCCGCUGAUUUCUAUGGGACAGCCAAUUUU